AUCAACAAGCACGAGGUGCGCGAGGACCACCGCCAACGCGCGCCGCCGCUCAUGAUGGUCAGGGCGACGCUAAGCCGUGCCGCAUCGAACCCUACUUCGACGGGAGAGCACAAUCGGAUGUUACAGGUCUGGGACGUCGGGAAGGUUUUCUUCAACGCCGACCGUGAUGAGGCGAUCUACGUUCAUCCUGGACGCGAGCUGUGCCCUCCUGUAAGGUGCUGGUGGCUGUGGAAGGCCAUCAACGGCACCGGGAAGGCAUCUCAGAUGUGGGGGGAGCUGAUGCGGACUACCGUGGGCGACGGCCGCUGGGAAUGCUUGGCGGCGACGCCCAAUGUGUUCUACAUACCAGCGGAUCCCAACUUCCCUGCCGUCGACAAGGACAGUGCAGCGAUCUGCUGCGGAGAUGACUUUCUGGCCGAAAGCUACGAUGAGCAGCUGUGCGAGCUGGGCGAGUUGCUGAAGCAGCAGUUCGAGACCUGGGCGGACGAACUACCUCAAGAGGACCAUCGGGCACACCGGCAAGCCGCCAGGCUCAGAGGAUCCAGGCACGUGGAUUUCAUGAUUCAGUGGACACAGAAGCGAGGGUGCAAGCCAGCGCCUACUCCAGGGGCGAAAGCUACAGGACAAGGACGACGAGACAGCAUAGACCUUCUGUCCAAGGACCGAGCCCGGGAAGUUGCAGGUGCAGCAGGCACGGCGCUCUACCUCUCUUCGGACAGGCCCGACACGAUGCAUGCCAGCGAGACCGCAAUGCAGCGCGUCUCAAACCCGAACGUCCUAAUGCAUGCGCGAGUUCAGCGGCUUGGACGGUACUAUGAAGGACAGCCUGUGCUGGUCUGGCGUUAUCCUUUACAGGGUACUCCUGACGGCAUUCGUGUGGAGGGCGAUGCAGACUGGGCCUCUAAAAGCGAGUUUCAGAGACGAUUCACGAGCGGAGGAGCAGUGCGGGAUGGUGACCACACAUGGGACUGCUACUCAGCGACGCAGAGCACCAUAGCUCUAAGCUCAGGGGAACCCGAGAUGCAUGCUGCAGGCAGUGCGACUGCCAGAGGACUCCAGUGCAAGACCGGCCUGAUCGAGACCAAGAGGCCCUGCAACUUGAAGAUCUACAGCGACAGCACCGCGGGGGAGGGGGGGGGGCAUGUCAGGCACCUGGAACUGAGGUACUUAUGGAUUCAAGAGCGGCUGCGACUCAAGGCGUUUGAGCUCCUGAAGGAGGACGCCAACGAGAUGACGGCAGACAUGGUCACCAAGUACAGCGAGUGGUCGACGAUAGAGAAGCACCGCGCAACUCUGAACCUCAUGUUCGGGAAACAGUACAAGGGCUUGAGCGCGAUGGCCAUUUCCACGGGAGUCGUGACUUCUGCGUCAGGCGAGAGGGUGACGGUGCACGAGGAGCCAGGCCAGCUAGCGGUUUGCCCCGCACCUGUGCCCCACUGCGUGGAUCGCGAGGAGUUCUGGUUCAUCCUGAAGACGGGUGUCUUCGCGGUGAUCGCUGCAGCGUUUGUCAUAGGCUGCGCGUGCGGUUGCUACGCGAGGAGCUACCUCAAGAAGGACUUCAUCCAGAAGGCGGUUGACCCCGCUCCUGGAGACGCCGACGUCUGCCUGGCCAC